AACAGUUUCAUGCGCAGUGCGCCGAAAGAUCCCUCAGACUGCUCAGACCAGACGCGCCUCCUUACACUCUGAGCCGUCGAGAAAUUGUGAUAAACAGGGGCCGAAACCACCCAUCUGUUGAUAUCACGUACGGUUUCGAUCAAGCCGCGCUUACAAAGCGUUCGCGAGCUAAAGCCGAGUUUACAAACAACACCCACAUCCAACGACGCAUAUGUUUUUAUUCUUCGCGAGCGCAGUUCUCGCGCAAAGAACGUCAUCACGUGGCGUUGACACUACGGGAGAUCGAGGGGAAAAAGCGUAGCUGCAGCAGCGUAGAGUGUGUAAUUGGCUUAUUUUGUUUAGGCUCGAGAGGUGAAAGUCUCGCAGCAACGAUCCAGUUAUUCUGGCCGCUACAGUCGAUCCAGCCAAGUGACAUAACAAUACGACGUACCUAUACACGCACGGCCGGAUCGUUAAACGAGGCUGUCUUGUCUCUCGCUCGUUGAAGUAGUCAUUGUUGUUGAUAUCGCCGAGAUGACCGACGAGUCGAACGGAGAGUCUGGCUUCGAAUUCGUUGAGAAGAAACCGGAGGAUUUCAGUGAGUCCGUUGCUCCGAAACCCGCUACGGCCACUGCUGAUACUGCUACUACUCCAGCUAGCCCAGGAGCAACACCACCAACAGCUGUCACAACACCCUUAAGUUUGGGGAAUAUACUGUCGAAGAUAGCACCUCCGACUGCACUUCCUACAUUCAUCACAAAUUCCAUGAGCAUAUCACCUGCAAGCUCACCAGCUGCUCAGACCGAGGAGUUGAUCAAGAGCGAAAAUGUCAAAACUCCAACAGAGUCACCCGAAGGAGUUCAGACUACUGAGCCAACGGCAUCCACUUUUGAAUAUAAAGGACCACAAGUAUUAAUAGCCCCAGAUAGUCCUACAAUGGACACCAGUGCAUUGGCAGGAAGCUUGUUUACAUGGGUAAAAGAUACUGUGGCAAACAGUAAUGUACUAAGCAAAGUCGCUGAAAAGGCUAAGAACAGUGUUAACUCCAUGAUUACAACAUUAGACCCACAAAUGCGUGAGUUUAUUUAUUCUGGUGGAGAUAUUGAAAUUAUUGUUGCAUCGGACAAGGAUGCAAAAGUGGCUCCCAUACGUGAAGCUUUUCAGAACGUUUUUGGAAACGCGACAGUAACCGGCACGAAAGUUGAGACAGCACCUGCGGCAGCUCAGCCGGUCGGCUUUGCUGCAGGAGUGAAGGCCGCCCAGGAGAGAAUAGCUGGUGUACGAAAGAACCCAUCAAUUCCAGCAGACAUUCCAAUUGUAGCGGUAGAGAAUUUCAUAUUAGAAGUCGGACAGGAUAAGUGGUAUGAUUUGGGAGUGAUUAUUCUCGAGGAUGUCAAGCAGAAGAUCAAUCUGCAAACGUUUACGCAAAUGACACCGGUUCCGAGUCAAAUUGUUGAGACAGCGCAAGAAUCAACACCCAAAGACUAUUCCAAAGAUGGCUUAGCUGUGACAAUCGGCAGCUUAAUGGGAGCUAAUUUACAGGUUUCGCACACUGAAUGGCACAGUGCACUAACAGGAGUAUCCAGGAAAGAUAUAGUCUUUUUAGCUGCUCAAUCUCUUGCAGGCAUAUAUAAAAAUACAAUUAACCCAGUUUAGUGAAAAAAAAAUCAUUCUAAGCAUAAGUUAUACAUUUUCAAAUAUUUAUACUUUUUAAAGUAAUAACAUUUUUUACGAAUAUUUUAGAUUAAGACGCCAUCGGUUUGUUUAAAAAAUAAUUGGAAAUGUAAUUUCUUUGACUAAUAUACGUUAAUUGUAUUGACUCCCGAGUCAAGAAAAAAAUCUGCGUCUAUAAAAAAUAUCCGAGUUAAAUUUUACUCAUAUAAAUGUAAAUAAGUAUCAUAGAUUAAGGUCACAUUCAUGCCGAAGCAUUAUAAAGAUGAAAAAUUUAUAUAAGAAGAAUUUUUAAAGUCUAAGAAAAUCUAUGCUAAUUACUUAAAUAUAUAUAAUAAAAAAUAAAAAAGAUGUAUGUUUAUUGCAAUGUUUUUAGGAAUUAAAAAAAGAUGUGUAUAAAAAAAUGUUAUACUUUAUACUUAAAAAGGUUUUCAUUAUUUUUACCUUAAAAUAUACUGUUAAUGUGCAACGAGUACAUAAAAAACCAUUUUUAUCGCUCAGUGCAAAUGAAUUUAUUUCGCCUGUCUCAAUAAAAUAAGACUUAAUAUAUUUCUUUUUGAUUCAAAAAAUUAUUCUUAUCACAAUUAGUAGAAUCGUUUAUUUUAUUCAGUCAAACGGAAAAAAAAAACGUAACGGGGCAACAUAACAGGAUUUAACAGUAAAAAAUAAAA